GUACUGGUACCGGAAUACGUGUCUCUUCCCUGAUAUGAUGACUGUGUUCGUUGCCAUUGACAAAUGUGCCAGGUCAAAUGGAUGUUUGCAGAUCUUACCUGGGUCACAUAAGUGUGGCCGGCUUGACCACGAAAUGGUCACUGGUCAAAUGACUGCAAACGCAGAGCGCGUUGAGGCAAUAAAGAACGUUUGCCCGCUGGCUUACGUAGAGAUGGAACCAGGCGAUGCCUUGUUCUUCCAUUGUAACCUGCUACACUGUAGUUCCGCUAACGACAGUCCUGAUAGGAGGUGGGCCUACCUGAUAGCGUACAACACCAAGGACAACAACCCUAUAGUGCCCCACCAUCACGCUCAGUACACACCAAUCCAGAAGGUACCUGACAGCGCCGUGACAGAGUGUACCAACUAUAAUGAUUUCACAGACAAGAAGUUUCUGGAGGGACACGAGUCUAAAACAUCACAGUUUGACAAAAGGGAAUCAUGAACAACCCUUUAUGUAAAGGCAACCGGUAUUAAAGGUCCUUAGCAUGAACUUUACAAUCUUCCAAAUAUUCAAUGCAUUUUAACCAGUAUCUGAAUGACGGCGAAAUUAUAACGAUACUAAAUAACAUUGAUAGAGGUGAAUGUUAAUUCAUGGAUUUCUAUUAAUAUUUACGAAAUAUUCAAAUUAAUUGGGACGCAUGUUUAGAAAAUGCUACAUUUCAGCUUGUUUUGUUAUUAGCAAUAAAAAUUAAUUCAAUGUUUAUUGGAUGUAUGUUUAUUAAUGUACAUAUAACUGCAAAUUGUUUCGACUAUUCCUAUGUUUUUACAACACUUGAUUUGUGGUUACAACUAGUCAAAUUCCAAGCGUUACUGAUGGAUUCGUAUCAAUGUAACAGAAUAACAUUUCAGCUUCUAUUCUUUUGAUUCAUGUCUUAUGGUCGUAUUGCUUCCUGACGAAACGAAUUCUUGCUAAGAAGAAUUUAACGCACAUUUGUUAUAAACAAGAUGCAGCAACGUCACAUAGAAUCUUUAAUAACAUGCAUUUUGUAGUUUCUCAAAUACUUACCACAGUGUACAAACAGCAAAUACAUUUCUCCUUUGAUACAUAUAGUCACGUUAUACGAAAAUUAAUACAAAAAUAAGAUAUAUUUUCCGUAAAAAUACCAACACAAAGAAAUUAGGAAAACACAGUUUUUUAGGACACUAAACUUGAAAUAUGCAUGAGUACAUUAGUGUAUGAAACA